GAAGCCUGCUUUCCCUUUUCCUUUUCCCUAACCCAGGAGAAGUAGUGAAUACUCACGGGCCCGUCGAGCCGGACAAGGACCACAUCCGCCAGGAGCCCUACACCUUGCCUCAGGGCUUUAUGUGGGAUGCCCUGGACUUGGGGGAUCGAGGUGUGCUCAAGGAGCUGUACACCAUGCUGAACGAGAACUACGUGGAAGACGACGACAACAUGUUCCGCUUUGAUUAUUCACCGGAGUUCCUCUUGUGGGAAAAGAAAAUGGUGGAAAUAAACUUCCUCUGCGUGCACAAGAAGCUGCGUUCCAAGCGAGUGGCACCAGUUCUGAUCCGAGAGAUCACCCGACGGGUACACUUGGAGGGGAUUUUCCAGGCUGUGUACACUGCUGGCGUGGUGCUUCCAAAACCUGUUGGGACUUGUCGUUACUGGCAUCGGUCUCUGAAUCCCCGCAAGCUGAUCGAAGUGAAGUUUUCCCACCUAAGCAGGAACAUGACAAUGCAGCGGACCAUGAAGCUCUAUCGGCUGCCGGAGACUCCCAAGACGCCGGGGCUGCGGCCGAUGGAGCACAAAGACAUCCCUGCGAUACACAAGCUCCUGGCAGAGUACCUGAAGCAGUUCCACUUGACCCCUGUCAUGAAUCCGGAGGAGGUGGAGCACUGGUUCCUGCCGCAGCCCAGCAUCAUUGACACAUUUGUGGUGGAGAAUGCCAGUGGGGAGGUGACUGACUUCCUUAGCUUUUACACCCUGCCCUCCACCAUCAUGAACCAUCCCACUCACAAGAGCUUGAAGGCCGCCUACUCUUUUUACAACGUCCACACGAAGACGCCACUCUUAGACCUCAUGAACGAUGCCCUCAUAUUGGCCAAGCUGAAGGGCUUUGAUGUUUUCAAUGCACUGGAUCUCAUGGAGAACAAGACUUUCUUAGAGAAACUGAAAUUCGGGAUCGGAGAUGGAAACUUACAGUAUUAUCUUUACAAUUGGAAAUGCCCCAGCAUGGGGCCAGAGAAGGUAGGCCUGGUGCUGCAGUAAUCAGUAGUCCCUGGAGAAGUGUGGGCAGAGCCACUGAAGAGCUGGGCCAGAGAGGAAGGAUCCGGUCCGCACGGACCCUGUUCCCGCAGAGGUGAGAACCUUCUGCUGAGGAGACGGCACCCACCGGCCUGGCCUCGCAACGCAUCCACUGACACUUCUGGUGAUUGUCCCGUGUGCCUUGGAGCGCACCAACGCAUCCGGCAUCAGCAGUUGGCCUCUCUUCCCCUCCCCCGGCACCCACACACACACACACACACCGAUUAAUCACAUUUUCAUACAAAUACGAUCAAGGGAAUGUAACUGCUGAAAAUUGGCUCACGAUUGACAUAUAUUGGAGUUAA